UUUAAAACUCCUAAUACCUUGAUACUGGCGAAAUAGUCCCACUGGACUGAGGCUAUAAUUCAAAAAGAAUGAAUGAAUUAAGAAUCGUCACUUUUGACACUGACAUAUCUAAUAAAUAUCGUAUCUUUAGCAAAUGUUUGACGUAUCUUAAAGUUCGAAUAGGGACAUUAUUCACUUUAAGGAGUGAAUUAGGUUUUCAGAAAUUGGCACCUGCAUUUUGGACAGCCGGUACAAGUAUGUUCCCAUCGCAAAUAAGCUCAUCUGCCACUUCAGAUUCCAGGAUUAUAAAAUAAUGUUUGUUGUGAAAACGAGUCCUUGCAGCAGGUAGCAGCAGCUCCUCCUCCAGCUCCUAAAGCAAAUAGCAAAAUUAACAAACAUACUAUGAGUAUGUCUAUUACUACUGCGCUGAAAAGCGAUGGGAAAACUUUGAGUAUUAUCAUGUUCCUGAGCAAGGGUAUCAAAAGCCCAUCUGAACCAGCGCUUACUUAUAGUUGCAAGGUCUCUCGAGUUCAUGUUACGCUGGUUAUAAAAAUUGGGUAUGAAAAUAGAAGCCGCCUGCUAUCAGUGGUUUUAUCAACCAGUGUCGUCCCGACGCCGACUGGGACGCACGCGUUGACCGCGUAACGCGUACUCGCGAUUCUCGCCGAGACUCGAGACUGUCAAGUUUUGCAUAGAUUCGCAUAAUACCAUCGGCGUCUGUUUAAAAAUGAGACCGCGUAACGUUACACACUAUGUCGCUUCGCCGAUGUGACAGCUUGCCCACGCGGCUUCGCGACGCACCCGCCACAGCCGACCCCGCGCCUCAACCGACUCCCACUAAACUACCCGACUCAAAUACCGUCUCGAAUUUCUGCGAAGCAUCCACGCGAGAAGAGGUUAUCGCCACUUGGAAAUCUCUUUACACGGACAUCAAAAACAUAAAAAAUGGUUUCCCGACUAACGACCUGCCAAAUCAUGGAGGCACUGAAAAGAAAUCCAUUACGCACAAUUUCAUUCCUUCUUUUCCGUGCAACAAUAAAAACGUGCCGCGAAGAAUCACUUAUGAUAAUCGGCAGAGGAUCAUCCCUAGAGUGGCCGAACGCUGUUCGUCAUUCUCAUUGGACACGGGCCAAGCUCGGGAGCAGGGCGUGAGCAGGGCUCGUCGUAGGACUUUGCUGCAGCGUCUUCUUUCUUGGAGGACUCCUGAUUGCGAUUGCUCCGAGCGCUGUCCGAGACCUUACCGUCAACAGGAACUUUGUGUAUGCAGUGCGACUUGUGUGAGAAAACCGGCCAAGUGCAAUAACUAUGCGGAAAGAGGUCGAUCUAAAAGUGUAGGUUAUGAAGCUGCGCGAGAAGUGACUAGGUUUCGACGGUGCGCGAGUGCUGGUGCAACGGUCGGAGCGGAGACGGCGGCGGCGUUAAGGGCCCGAGCGGCGUUGACCCUCGCUCGCCGCUACUACCCUGAGGGAGGAUGGGGCUGGACGAUUACUAUAGUGGGAACUAUUGUGCAAGUGAUAUCUCAUGGGUUGCAGCUCGGGGGUGGCACGGGCGCCAUUGCUUGCACGGCCGCAGCGAAGUAUCGCGUUCCGCCUCUUUAUACCCACGGCUGCCUAGGUGCACUAUCAGCCGGCGUAGCGCUAGCCCUUUCCCCAGUGACAGUAGCGCUCUGCGUACGCAAGUCCACACGCGUGACCGCAGUAGUAGGCGGGCUGGUGGCCGCGCUCGGAUGCCUGUUCACCUCGUUUGCCACACAGUUCCAUCAGCUGUUCUUCAGUUAUGGGACUGUUGUCGGCGUCGGCGUGGGACUGACAAGAGACUGUUCAACACUGAUGGUCGCGCAGUACUUCAAGCGACGGAGAGAAUUAGUGGAAAUAUUCAUAGUCAGCGGCAGCGGGCUCGGCAUCGCGGUCAUGUCCACGUUCAUCAAGGGUGCGAUAAGGGCAAUCGGCUGGCGACUAGGCCUGCAGGCCGUCACAGGAGUCGUGUUCGUAACGUUCAUCCUCGGCACCUUCUACCGCUCCGCUUCCCUCUACCAUCCGCAACGCCGUGCCAUUCUGCACCUCAAGAACCAGAAUAAAAUCAAACGCAAGAUGAAAGACAGGACCAAAGCAGACGACCGCCAACCCUUCUUUGACUUCUCGACGUUAAGGUCGAAAACCGUCCGCAUACUACUCAUGUCCACCGGAAUAUCAGCUUUCGGGAUCAACACACCUAUAUUUUAUUUGGCGUACCAUGCUGAGGAGGAAGGUCUAGGCGAAACAGCCGAGCUGCUCCAGGCCUACCUCGGCCUCGCCUGGGCCGUCGGCUGCGCAGCCUUCGGCCUGCUCGUCCGCCAGAACUCUGCCGAGUGCCGCAUCGCGCGCCAGUACCUCACGCAAGCAGCCGUCUUCGGAUGCGCACUGGCCACCAUGGCGUUGACUGCUGUGGAGGGGUCGUAUAGGGGAUACGUUAUGUUCGCGUGGGUUUAUGGUAUUUUCUGCGGCGGCUACCACUACUCGCUGAAGAUGUACACUUACGAGCGUGUUCGUUCUCGCAACUUUGCACGUACGUGGGGCUUCGUGCAGUGCUCGCAGGCCGUGCCCAUCGCCAUCGGCGUACCGCUCUCAGGGUACAUAAACGUCGGGUGCGGCGGCAAGGCGGGCUACUACUUCAGCUCCACGUGCUCCAUCAUCGGCUCCUUGUCUCUCUUCUGCAUCGACCUGCAUCGCCGGAGCGUUGCACACAAACACACCAAAGAAAACGGCGGUACAGUGACGUGCGAGUCAGCGUGCCAACCGCGCCGCAGCCGCAGCCGCGACCGCGAGCCGCGCACGGCCACCGGCGCUGCCACCGCCUUAGUUCUAGGAGCAGAAUUAGUCGCCCCCGGCCGCACGGGCCGAGACUUCCUUCUGGACAGCAUCGGGCCCGGCAGCCUCGGCUCCCCGCCGCCCAACGUGCCUCCAGAGCUCACCUGCAUCAGCGAGGAGGGCGGGCUGGACCUCGACCUCGACCUGGACAUACCUGAGCACCUGCUCGAGGAUCUGGACUGUGGCGGGGAUUGCAUUACUAGUUGUAAUAAGGUCGAAAACUACCUAAUGCUAAGCGAAUACGAGAACAACCUCAUAGCGGAGCUGCCGACCAUGAGCGAGCGCCGCAGCCGGCGCUGGUCCAUCGUCGUGGCCAACUCGCCGCCGCGCGCCGCCUCGCCCGACCGGCCGUGCUCGCCCGACCUCCCGCAGAACUCCCUCAAGUGGAAGAAGAAGUGCCAUAACGCCAACAACAGACUCAUUACAGUGAUCAACGAAGCCUCGCUGUAGGAUAGUGAACGCACGUUCAGACAAUAAGUAGUCGGCUAGGUUAUGACCUAUUUAACCUCAUUAAUUUAUUUGAUGUGUGUGAAUAGAUGUAUUGUGUAUCUGUAAUUUAUUAAAUUAUUAUUAAUUA